UUGGGAAGUAAAAAUGGCGCCUACUGUGGAAGUGCCCACCUUCUUAUCCGUCUAAAUGCGACAAAAACCAACACCAACCUACGCCGUUUUGUGGACCUGAACCUUUCAAAGAGAUGCCAGGCGGCGCCCGCAGACGGAACUGACGGGGGUUGGUUUUGAAAGGCGUGUUUCUCGGCGGAGAGAUGUGCGAAAGCUACGCCCGCUCGCUGCUGCGGGUGUCCGUGGCUCAGAUGUGCCAGGCGCUGGGCUGGGACGCGGUGCAGCUGGCCGCCUGCGACCUGCUCUCCGACGUGCUGGAGCGGUACCUCCAGCAGCUGGCGAGAGGCUGCCACCGCUACUCCGAGCUCUAUGGCCGGACCAACCCGGGCCUGAGCGAUAUUGGCCAGGCCUUCGGGCUGAUGGGGGUCAGCCUGCCGGAGCUGGAGGACUACGUCAACAACCUGGAGCCGGUGGGCUUCUGCCAGUCCAUCCCACAGUUCCCCAUCAGCAAGAGCAGCAUGCUGCAGUUUCCUGCCGCUGGCUUUGACACGGACGCCCGCAACGCCCUGCGUGGCGAGAGGAGGGACUACAUCCCAGAAUACUUACCCCCCCUCGUCUCGCUGCAAGAAGAUGAGGAGGAGGAAGAGCAGGUCCCUGCAGACAUGGGCACGUCAGCCGAGGCCAUGCAGGUGUCCCUGGGCGAGGAAGAGGAUGGCGAGGACGAAGAGAAUGACGAGAACUGGCUGGGCCCAAGACCCGCGGACAGCCCGCGGCCAGAGGGCCUUCUUCCCGCUGCCAAGAGGCCCCGUCUGGGCACAAAACCUGGCGCCAGCCCUGAGUGGAGCGUCGAGCCACGCGAGCCACUCAGCUCGCUCAACCCCCAGCACGUACCACGCUCCCCCUCCCCCCCGCUGCCACUCGAACCACCCCGGCCUGUCCCAGCCCCGCCCACGCCCGGCCACAAGCCCAAAAUCCCCUCACUCUCCCCUGCCCGGCAGAAGAACAAAUCGCCCAAAAGAGGUGGCGGCUCCGCCUCUUCUGGCAUAUCAGCCCGCCCUCUUUUGAUCACUCCGCAAAAGGGCGGCCAGAAAGCAGGGAAGAGGUCGCCUGGGCGACCCAGGAGCCCCCGCAGCCCGCGGCCAGGUCCUGCCCAUCUACUGCCAGGUGGGCGGGCCUGGGCGCCGCCUCACAUCGAAGAGGCUCCUCAGGACGGUCAGUUUAAAGGUCACGACCCGGGCGACGAGGCCAUCGAAGAUUCCAUCGCCGCAGUGAUAGCGCGAGCGUGUGCGGACGGAGGAGGGGCUGCAGACCCCUUCGCUUACGACUCGGACUCCGACAGCGAGGGUCUCCCCAGCCCCGCGAAGGCGCCGCCCAAACAUGCGCACCCGGUCGGGGGGCCCAAGCACGCGCCCGCUCACACCAAGCACGCGCCGGCCCUCGUCGGCAAACACCCACCCCCGCCCCCGCCGGCCCCUCCCCUAGCCGCCCCCAGCCGCUGGACCAUGGACGACUCCAUAGACGAGGUCAUCCGCAAGGCCAACCAGGCGCAGCCCCCACCCUGUCAGUCGCCCCAGGGCCACACCUACUACUACUCCCUCUCGGACUCCCCGCCCACGCCACCGCCUCCGCUCAAGCUGCCGCCAGAGCGCAAAGACCCCGCCUCCGCCGUGGCGGCCGCCGCCCUGGUCAAGAAAAAGCUGAAGAAGGACUUGAAGACCAAGCUGAAGAAGAAGGAGCGCGAGCGGCUGAAGGAGAAGGGGAAGGAGAAGGGCAAGAGCAAGGAGAAGAGCAAGGAGAGGAAACGCGACAAGGAGCGCGGCCAGGCGCCUGACGGCAAGCUGCCCUGGCCCGAACUGGCGGUGCUGGCCGGCGCCGACGAGCGGCGGGACGUGUCCGGCGCCAAGCGGGAGAAGGAUAAGCACAAGGAGAAGAAGAAGGACAAAGAGAAGAGCCGGAAGGAGAAGGAGAAGCGCGACAAGGGCAAGGAGCGUGCCAAGGAGGAGCGGAGGCUGGCGCUCGGGCCCAAGGAGGCGGCCCCCGCCGUCCUCCCACUCUUCAGCCCCGCCUCCUGCCUGCGCCUGCCCCCCAUGCUCCCGCCCCUGCAGCCCCUCCUACCCGACAAGCCGUUCCACGGCAAGGAGGCCAAGGCCAAGGACAAGGAAAAGAAGAAGGAGAAGAAGGAGAAGAAGAAGAAGAAGGAGCGCGAGAGGGAGCGCGAGAAGGAGAGGCCCCGUGAGAAGGAGGAGAAGAAGAAGGAAAAGGAGAGGGAGAAGAAGGAGAAGGUGAAGGAGAAGGAGAAGCCCAAGGUGGAUAAGCCAGCUUUAAUGGUGGAAGCUCCGGUAGUGCCUCAGUCUCCUGUUAUACCCAGACUAACAUUGAGAGUUGGAGCUGGUCAGGACAAGAUCGUCAUCAGUAAGGUAUCGUCUGAUCUGGAACCCACUCCCCCUCCUGCCCGGACGCCGGCGGCCCGGUCCGGCCCGGGGGCCCGGAUGCGCUCCCCGCCGGUCGCCCCUCCCCCUGCGCCGGUCCCGAUAGCGCCUCCACCGCGCGCCCCGCCCUUGCUCCCUUCUCUUCCUCCGCCCCCAGUGCUCCAGCCCCUGCCCAGCCAGGCCAAGGCCCGUGGCUGCAGCGUCGUCACAGAGACCGUCAGCGCAUAUGUGAUUCGUGAUGAAUGGGGCAACCAGAUCUGGAUCUGUCCCGGCUGCAACAAACCUGACGACGGCAGUCCCAUGAUCGGCUGUGACGAGUGUGACGACUGGUACCACUGGCCCUGUGUGGGUCUCGUAACUGCCCCACCAGAGCACCAGUCCUGGUUCUGUGUAAAGUGUGCUGGCAAGAAGAAAGACAAGAAAACAAAAAAGAGGAAACGCAAAGCGCACUGAUGAUCAGCUCUCUCUCUCUCUCUCUCCCUCUCUCUCUCUCCCUCUCUUGCGCGCUCUCUCUCUCUCUCCCUCCCUCUCUCCCCCUCCUCAUCUGUUUAGAGAUUAAUACCUUUUUCAGUUCAAACUGUUACCUUCUGUUAUUUCAAUUCCGCCCUGCCUCUUUUUAACUCCGUCUCUGUAGUCAUCUGUGUAUUUUUAAAUGAAAUUUUCACAAGUCUAUAUGUUAAUUUUUUUAUGUCGAUACUCCUAUCCGGUGUGUGUAAGCUUUUUGUGCGGAAUCGACUGGUUGUUCAGUUGGCGUGUGUUGAGAUUAAAGUCUCUGAUACGUCCUCAUCGAAGGCUUUUUCAACAUCGUGUUGACUUGUCAGAAUCACUUCACUGAAAGAGGGGAAAAAUGUCAUGUACUAUAAUCAACCUUUUUAAUAUUGUUGUUCUGAUUUAUUUAGAUUGGAAUGAGGUUUCCUUUUAAUAUGGAUUCAAUUAAAAGCCGUUUUUUCCAGG